AGAACAUUGUCUUCUGGGCCUUGAGCCUGCUUUGUAUUUCUACUUGCAAUGGACUUAAUGCCCUCCGUUUCCUUCCCAGUAAUACAACUUUUUAAUCGACAAAAAAAAAAGGCGCUAACUGUAUGAACUCAGACAAGGAGUCGCUCCAAAACGGCAACACCACAUCCAUUUUCUCUCCCAUCCAAUUCUUCUCUGUUGUCUCCCUCCCUUUUUUGGUGAUCUGCUGCAUCGCCGGUCCAUCCAAAACAAAUGGAUUCGUCGCCGAUCAACAGAUUGCCCCAGGAUACGCUCCACCAGAUCUUCUCCUCUCUUCCGCUUCGACAAAUCAUGAUCUGCCGGUCAGUCUGCAAGUUCUUUAAUCAGAUUUUGACUUCACCUUCUUUCUUGGACCUUAUCUCCACCCAACCCCCUCUGCGUUUCCUUGCUCUACGGCCCCCUCACCACCAUCACCACCACCACCACCACCACCGUCAUCAUAGCCACCUGUCGCUUCUGCCCUCCCUUCACGUUUACGACCCUGACCAAAGCCAGUGGCUCAGAUUUAACCUAAGCUUUUUACCUUUCAGGUCUCCUCACCCUGUGGCAUCAGCUGGUGGACUCGUUUAUUUAUGGGGUGACUCGCCCAACUCGACCGAGUCAAGCAAGUCGCUCGUGGUUUGCAAUCCGUUGACUGGCCGAUUCAAGGUGUUACCUCAGCUGGGUUCGGCCUGGUCGAGACACGGCGCUGUCCUGGUUGACUCGGCGAGCCGAGUCAUGGUACUCAUGGAACUCGCGGCUUUAUACUUGUCAAACACGAACGCAAAUUCGUGGCUAACCUUCUCUUCAAAUCUCCCAUCAAAACCCAGAAGCCCAAUUUUAGUUUCGAACUCGGUUUUUGCUUUAUGCGAUGUUGGGUCUCCCUGGAGGUCCCAAUGGAAGCUCUUUACUUGCAAACUCUCUAGUCUCAAUUAUCCCAACAACCUCAAAACCAGCAGCACAUCGUCGUCCUCGUCGUCUUCAUCGAAUCAAAACCACUGGGUUUGCUUGGAGAAGCACGAGUGGGCGGAUCUCUUCGAUAUCAUAAAACGGCCUCGUUUGGUUCGUGGGAACGGGAAUAAGCUGUUGAUGGUUGGAGGUUUGAAAUCGACGUUCUCGUUGAACCCAUCGUGUUCGACGAUAUUGAUAUUGAGGUUGGAUUUGGAGAGAUUAGAAUGGGAAGAGGCUGGGAGAAUGCCUGUGGAGAUGUACAGGUGUUUCCAGGAGUCUAGUAAGUUGAAGGUGUUUGGUGGUGGGGAUAGAGUUUGUUUCUCUGCCAAGAGGGUGGGCAAAUUGGCGCUAUGGGUUGAUUGUGGUGGAGAAAAGAAUUGUUGGAGGUGGAUUGAUGGGGCGCCGGGGGGUGGAGAUGGGCUUUGGAGGGGAUUUGUGUUUGAGGCCAGACUCACUGCAUUGCCUUGAAUUGGUAUGUCUAAUAUCCAAUUUGAGUUGUAUUUGUAUUUGUAUAACCUUGAGUGUUUGAAUUUCAUCAACUUCUUGUGUUAUCAUCUGGUGCGCUAAUGUACUUGAGUUAUCAAUGAAUUGUUAAGAAAAAUGUUAUAUUUGAUUUA